GCCAGGGGCGGGGCUGGACGCCAAGGCCCGAAGCGAGACCGAACGACCGGGGCGUGGCCGAACAGCAAGAGGGCGGGUCCCGAGGAGGGCCUCAGCUGUCCCCAGCUAAGCAGCGCCCCGCGCAGCGCCGUGGCAGCUGAACUCCCGCUAGCUUGGAGGGAAUCUUCGGGAGCCUCCCUUCGCCCCCACUUCUGGGGUCACUGCCAAUCAGGCAGUCCAGGUUCAGAUGUGCUUUGUCAGGUGGUUCCACUGCCCACUCCUUCCCUAACUGGGGACUGAUGCCCCAGAACCCUCAGGAGAAGAGCAACGCCUACCCCCGCCGCCGCCCUGGGAGCCACGUGGACCAUAAGAGCUCCAAGGCCAUCACAGCCGCAGCGAUGUACACCUUCUUGCCUGAUAACUUCUCGCCCACCAAGCCCAAGCCCUCCAAAGAGCUGAAACCACUACUAGGCUCCGCGGUACUGGGGUUGCUGCUGGUGUUGGCUGCAGUGGUGGCCUGGUGCUAUUACAGCGCCUCUCUACGCAAAGCAGAGCGCCUGCGCGCCGAGCUGCUGGACCUCAACCGAGGCGGCUUCUCAAUCCGUAACCAGAAGGGCGAGCAGGUCUUCCGCCUGGCCUUCCGCUCAGGUGCGCUGGACCUCGACUCCUGCAGCCGCGACGGCGCAGUCCUCGGUUGUUCUCGCACGGCCGAUGGGCGCCCCCUGCACUUCUUCAUCCAGACUGUGAGGCCCAAGGAUACAGUCAUGUGCUACCGCGUGCGCUGGGAGGAGGCGGCGCCAGGGCGCGAGGUGGAACACGCUAUGUUUCUGGGCGAUGCCGCUGCUCACUGGUACGGCGGUGCUGAGAUGAGGACCCAGCACUGGCCCAUCCGCCUAGAGGGCCAGCAAGAGCCGCAGCCUUUUGUCACCAGCGACGUCUACUCCUCUGACGCCGCAUUCGGAGGCAUCCUCGAGCGCUACUGGCUGUCAUCGCGUGCAGCUGCCAUUAAGGUCAACGACUCAGUGCCCUUCCACCUGGGCUGGAACAGCACCGAGCGCUCGCUGCGGCUGCAGGCACGCUACCACAACACGCCCUACAAGCCACCUGCUGGCCGCCCUGCCGCACCGGAGCUCAGCUACCGUGUGUGCGUCGGCUCUGACGUCACUUCCAUCCACAAAUACAUGGUGCGGCGCUAUUUCAACAAGCCCUCGAGAGUGCCGGCCCCUGAGGCCUUCCGGGACCCCAUCUGGUCCACGUGGGUGCUGUACGGGCGUGCCGUGGACCAGGACAAAGUGCAGCGUUUCGCCCAGCAGAUCCGCCAGCACCGAUUCAACAGCAGCCACUUGGAAAUAGACGACAUGUACACACCUGCCUAUGGAGACUUCGACUUCGACGAGGCCAAGUUCCCCAAUGCCAGCGACAUGUUCCGCCGUCUGCGUGAUGCCGGCUUUCGCGUCACGCUCUGGGUUCACCCAUUUGUCAACUACAACUCCUCCUGCUUUGGUGAGGGAGUGGAACGCGAGCUGUUUGUGCGCGAACCCACCGGGCGGCUGCCCGCGCUUGUGCGCUGGUGGAAUGGCAUCGGCGCGGUGCUCGACUUCACACGCCCAGAGGCUCGAGACUGGUUCCAGGGGCACCUGCGGCGGCUGCGCUCGCGCUAUGCUGUGGCCUCCUUCAAGUUUGACGCAGGCGAAGUCAGCUAUUUGCCGCGGGACUUCAGCACCUACAGGCCGCUGUCCGACCCCAGUGUAUGGAGCCGACGCUACACCGAAAUGGCGCUGCCCUUCUUCUCUCUGGCGGAGGUCCGCGUGGGCUACCAGUCACAGAACAUCUCAUGCUUCUUCCGCCUAGUGGACCGCGACUCUGUGUGGGGCUAUGAUCUGGGGCUGCGCUCGCUCAUCCCUGCCGUGCUCACCGUCAGCAUGCUGGGCUACCCGUUCAUCCUGCCUGAUAUGGUGGGCGGCAACGCAGUGUCUGAGCGCACAGCCGGCGGUGGCGAAGUGCCAGAGCGCGAGCUCUACGUGCGCUGGCUGGAGGUGGCCGCCUUCAUGCCCGCCAUGCAGUUCUCGGUCCCACCCUGGCAAUAUGAUGCUGAAGUGGUGGCCAUCGCCCACAAGUUUGCCGCCCUGAGGGCCUCGCUUGUCGCGCCGCUCUUGCUGGAGCUGGCUGGUGAGGUCACUGACACAGGAGACCCCAUCGUGCGUCCGCUCUGGUGGAUUGCGCCCGGUGAUGAGACGGCGCACCGCAUCGACUCGCAGUUUCUUAUCGGAGACACACUGCUGGUGGCGCCAGUCCUGGAGCCGGGCAAGCAGGAGCGAGACGUCUACCUGCCUGCCGGCAAGUGGCGCAGCUACAAAGGCGAGCUUUUUGACAAAACCCCAGUGCUGCUCACCGAUUACCCGGUCGACCUGGACGAGGUCGCCUACUUCAUCUGGGCAUCCUGACCCAGCCCAGGACCUAGGAACCCCACAGCCCUAGCCCCUGCCUUCAUGCAGGCCUUGAGCCCUCCAUCACAACCACACCGUGUAUCCCCAGGAAGUCCCCACCUCUGUACCACCCACCAAGCAGGUGCUGACAGAAAUGUGCUCCAGCCAGCCCCAGGGGACAGGUGAGGGGGCGCUGAAGCAACUUCCCAUUCUAAGGCUCAAUCCUAAAGACCUUUUUCCCUCCACACUCACUCCACUCUGCAGAAACCUAUUUCCUGAGGUGAAAGAGAAUCCAGAAGGAAAAUAUCAGCUCUCUUCCUGCUACACAUGAUUGUGUUUUAAAAGCACAAAAAGAAACUUUACCCUCCAUCCUGGCCUGAAUGGCCAUCUUUGCCUUUCUGAGGUGGGGACCUGAUCCCAUUUAAAGUCCCAAAAUAGCCCCCUGCUACACUUAGAAGGGCACAUUCUUGAUGUUGGAAGACAAGCCCAGAGUUCCCAGCAGUGACCUGAAGUGUGGCUGACCUGGUCCCACCCCAGCUAGGGAGAUGGGAUGGAGGUGUUUGGGCAGCAGACAAAGAGGAAGGCGAUCCCAUCCCAGAGGACAGGAAGACUGGGCAGAGCACAGAGCCAUCAUUGUUGUCCCUCGUUUGUGAAGAGACUCCUAACACUGUACUUAACCCAUUUAUGUAAACACAUGGGCUCAGCCCUGGGCCAGGGCCAUGGCCUACCAGCCAGACUUGCAAGGCCAUGCAAGGCCAGACUUUAUGCCUUAA